GGAAGACAAACAUGUGUCCAUUAACCAUGUGGAAGUUUAAUCUUUGAGCUCACAGCCCCGAGUCUCCUGCAGCUCCUCACUGAAUCACUGCUGCUGCUGCUGCUGUUGGUGAGUUCCUCCAGCUCCUCUACCAACACCUAACCAAACAUAAGUUGAUCCACAGCUGAUUUCUGCGCUCACACACACACGGAGCCGAACAUGCAGAUCUCUUUUGAGGGCAAACGAGCUCUGGUCACCGGAGCAGGGAAAGGGAUUGGCAGGGCCACGGCUCUGGCUCUGGCACGCUGUGGGGCAGAGGUCACGGCGGUCACACGCACACAGGCUGACCUGGACAGUCUAACGCAGGAGUGUUCCUCCAUCACUCCGGUGUGUGUGGACCUGGCAGACUGGGAGGCCACGGAGGCAGCGCUGCAGGAUGUCGGCCCAAUCCAUCUGCUGGUGAACAACGCUGCCUAUGCUCACCUGCAGCCGUUUCUGGAGGUCACACCUGACCAGUUUGACCAGUCGUUCAGUGUGAAUGUUAAAGCUGUGCUGCAUGUGUCUCAGAUUGUGGCUCGUGGUAUGAAGGCCAGAGGGUCGGGAGGCUCCAUUGUGAACGUGUCCAGCCAGGCAUCACAGUGUGCCCUCAGAGAUCAUACUGUUUACUGUGCCACUAAAGGAGCUCUGGACAUGUUGACUAAAGUGAUGGCUCUGGAGCUGGGACCCCACCAGUGUUUUGUUCUGUGUUGUGAUCAGAUCCGUGUGAACAGUGUGAACCCCACAGUUGUGAUGACUGAGAUGGGGCGUCUGGGCUGGAGCGACCCUGAAAAAGCCAAGGUUAUGAUGGAUCGCAUUCCCCUGGGUCGCUUUGCAGAGGUAGAGGACGUGGUGAACAGUAUUCUGUUCCUUCUGAGCGAUAAGAGCAACAUGACUAAUGGAGUCACUCUGCCAGUGGAUGGAGGCUUUCUGACAUGUUGACCAAUCGUAGCUUCACUUCACCGUGUCGCCCCCGUGCUCACAAGAACAAACAACAAUCAGUCUCGUCGUGUUUCGUCAUCAGGUCUGUUUUACUAAAAUAAAAAAUGCAUCUAUUGCACCAACAACUGA